CCACCAGAAGUUCACGUUGUGAAUUCGUUAAUCAAGCAGUCGCUGAGAGGUGACACAGUUCUUCAAUGCCAAGUCAAUGCCAAUCCAAUGGGCAAAAUCUUGUGGGUAUUUGGGAAAUCGAAAUCGCCUAUCAACGCUACAUCAUGCAGCAUUCCCACUAACAUGAAUGUCAAGUACUGUAUUGUUGAAACCCAAUUGAAGCAUGAGGAACGGUGGCCAUCGGUAAUAUCAAAGCUGAAUAUCCUCAAGCUCACAGAAGACGAUUUUGGCGAAUAUACUUGCACAGUGGACACCAUGAUGGGAACACACUCGGCGAGUACAAUUCUCGAACGAUAUGUUUCAGAAACGGAGCAGUCGAUGCGUUUUUUUAAUGACCCCUACUUUUAUCUGCCCCCAUCAACCUCCACGGUAAUGCCUUACCUGCAAUAUCACCCUAACUGGGAUCCGACCAAGGAAUCUUCCUACUCUCACUUCCGUGGGACAAAGAAGGGUUACUUAGGCAAAGACCUUCGUGAGUUGCUCGGGUUUACAAUAGUCCUUGUUCUGCAGUUUAAUAUUCAUAGUUCUCGGCUUUUAUAUGGAAAUUACUAG